AUGUUAUACUUUUUAUAAUCAAUAGAUCAAUUCGGGGUUUAGUAGAAACUAUAAAUUCCUCCAAUCAACCCCACUUAGAAAAGUGUUUUUGGUGGAUUAGUAACUUUAACUUUGUAUAGUAUAAGCUUAGGAUAUUUUCUAUUUCAAUUUGUUGAUUGGCAAUAAAAUAAUAAACUUCCUAAAGUGACUUCUCUACAAUAAUAGAUCAAUGUUGAAUAGAAAUUGAAAUUGCAAGGAGUAUUUGCUGAAAUAAGCUACUUUUAAGAACUUUCACAUUAAAUAGAUCCUUUUGAUCCAUAGAAUAUGAUCUUAUAGCCAUUAUUGGUUAGCUCAUCUAGUUAUUAUGAUUAAACACCUAUCAAUGCAACUUUCUAAUAUAGGAAAACUUAGGAAGGUAAAACAUAAAAUAAGCUCUUGAUAGAAGAUAUUGUAAUUUCAAAUUCGCCAAUAAGUUCAUAGGAUCACAAAUAUACUAACUAUCAAUUAACCUUUACAUAUUGCAAUCCAGAAUUACUUUAAGAUGGAUAAAAAUGCGCAAAUUAAGAUUUAAUCAAUAAAUACUUUUAAUAAGAUAACUACUUUUAGAUUCUGAUUUAUUUAGAACAAUUUGAUCCAAGAAAUAAAUAAAUUACUAAAAUUCCUAAAUUUUUCGUUUUUGAAAUGAUGCAAAAAUCUUAUUUUUAAAAUAUGUUUACCUUAAAAUCAGGAGAUUUGAUUAUGGAUGAUGGAUUUUUAUUCCCUAACUCUAAUUAACAAACUUAUCUUUCUGACUUAUCUGUAUUAACCACUUAAUUUGAUUAAGAGUAUGCUUAAAAAGCCUAUGGGCAAGACAUAAUAGCUGUUCUAUACUUUAACUUAGAUUAAGUAAAGACAGUAAAUAUGGUUGAAUAUCCAAAGAUAUCAGAGAUAUUAGCAGAUACAGGUUCAAUUAUAUCUUGGAUUCUUUCAAUUUCAUUUAUAGUGUCUAAGUAUAAUGAAAAUUUAAGUAACGAUAAAGCUUAAAAAGAUAUUAUAACAAUGUAUUAUCAUGAUUUUAAUGAUUUUAUAAUUUAAAAGAAUUGGAUGGGUUAAAUUAAAAAGGUUAAUUAUAAAGGAAAAGAUUAUGAUCUCAAAAAAUCUAUAGAAAUUCUUAAUAAAUUAGAUUCAAUUGCAAUUAAAAAAAUGAAUUAUUUGAAUCUAUAAAAUGAAGUAGCCAAAUUAUAAUUAAUCUUAUAAGAACAUUUAGGAAUACAAUAAAUUAAAAAAUAUUUAUAAUCCUAGUAUAAAUUAGAAUCAUUAUUUGAUAAAUUAGGAAUACCCGAUAUUAAUUAUUAGAGUUCUUUAAACUAGAUAUUACCUUAAAUUGAUGAAUAAUUAGUCUAAAAUUUGUAAAUUUAACCAGAAAUAAUAAAUGACCCUGCAAACAAUAAGGAUAAAACCCUAUUAUUAGAAUUAGAGGAGAGAAUGGAAAUCUUAGACCUCUAAGUACAUCAAAAUCCUACAACAAGUAUUUAUAGUUCCUUUUAAUUUCCAUAAAAAAUUAACGAUUGAUUUAUCUAAUUCAACUUAUGAAUAAUUUAAUUUAAUAAAUAUUUUCGA